AGCGCUUUCUUUUUCCUCUUCCGGGGACGGGGACUUCGGGCACUCACGAUGGUGCAGCGUUUGACGUACCGUCGGAGGCUGUCCUACAACACAGCCUCUAACAAAACUAGGCUAUCCCGAACCCCUGGUAAUAGAAUUGUUUACCUUUAUACCAAGAAGGUUGGGAAAGCACCAAAGUCUGCAUGUGGCGUGUGCCCAGGCCGACUUCGUGGAGUUCGUGCCGUGAGACCUAAAGUUCUAAUGAGGUUGUCUAAAACGAAAAAACAUGUCAGCAGGGCCUAUGGUGGAUCCAUGUGCGCCAAAUGCGUCCGUGACAGGAUCAAGCGUGCUUUCCUUAUCGAGGAGCAGAAAAUCGUGGUGAAAGUAUUGAAGGCACAAGCCCAGAGUCAGAAAGCCAAAUAAAAUGAAGCUUUUUUGAGUAAUAAAAGCAAUUAAAAGGCUCA